UUCAGAAUGCCUUCAACAGUAGAGAGAGUAGCAAUAGCAAAACUUGCUUUGUGAGAAGUGAACACAAAAACCCAAACCGAACCGAACGAAAUGAGCGCGUGCAUCCAAAUCCAGUACCCAUAACAAACAAAACAACAAAACCCCGUUCCCAUGUGCCCCACCAAUGACGAUUCCCGGAGCUCCACCUCCGCCGAUUCCUCCCACUGGACCUCCGACGCCAUCAACGGCGGAUCUCUCCGCCCCGUCGAUCUGGACUCCGGCACCAACGGCUGGGCCUCACCUCCCGGCGACCUCUUCCACCUCCGCUCCCAAACCUACUUCUCGAAACGACAAAAAUCCCCCGCCGGUGACUACCUCCUCUCGCCGGCCGGCAUGGACUGGCUCAAAUCCACCGCCAAACUCGACAACGUCCUAGCUCGGCCCGAUAACCGCGUGGCCCAGGCCAUUCGGCAGGCCCAAGCCCAAGGCAAGUCCUUAAAGAGCUUCAUCUUCGCCGUAAACCUUCAAGUCCCAGGGAAAGAGCACCACAGCGCGGUGUUCUACUUCGCAACCGACGAUCCGGUCCCGUCCGGUUCGCUCCUUGGACGGUUCAUCGAAGGUGACGACAGUUUCAGAAACCAACGGUUCAAGUUGGUGAACCGAAUCGUGAAGGGACCGUGGAUAGUGAAGAAAGCGGUGGGAAAUUACAGCGCGUGCUUAUUGGGAAAAGCUCUGACGUGUAACUACCAUAGAGGACCUAACUACUUCGAGAUUGACGUUGACAUUGGUAGCAGUGCCAUCGCCAACGCUAUCUUGCGCCUUGCAUUGGGAUAUGUGACCAGCGUAAGCAUCGAUAUGGGGUUCGUUGUGGAGGCGCAGACGGAGGAGGAGUUGCCGGAGAGGUUGAUCGGAGCGGUUAGGGUUUGCCAGAUGGAGAUGUCCUCCGCCACCGUCGUGGAUGCGCCAAACGCGCCGCGUGGUAACAAGGUCAAUCAUCAUAAUAAUCUCACUGGUAACGAGGACUAAAAAGUAAGAAAAAUUAAAUAUAUUAUUUAUUUUCUUUUAAUUUAAGAAAAAUGUUUAGAUAAUUUCAGCAACUGCUGCAUCCUCAUUCACAUUCUCGGUGUAAUUUAGGCUCUUUUUUUGGGGAGUAAUAAAUAUUCACCUUAAUUUCGGUUCGUUGGUGUUAUUAUUAUCGAUUUGCGAGCAUAACACUCUUCAGUAUAUUUUUAUUGAUUAAAAAGGCAACGCAUUUGUUUUUUUAAAUUGAUCAAUAAAGAACAUAGUUGAAGAGUGGCUUUAGAAUAAUAUAAUAUUAACCAG